CUAUAUUGAAGGCUUUGAAAAUUCAAGGAUUAUGGAUCACGUGUUCAUAACGACUUGAAUCAUAAAUGUUUGCAAUAGUAUUUUUAAUAGUAAAAAGUGUAUUUUUGUGAAUAAUUUACAACGGUACACCCCAGGUCAUGGGAAAAAAAAGGCGUGAGCAGCAGAGUUCCAUCGCUAAGAUGAGCCGCUCAGCAUCAAUGAAGGUUCAUCCAUCAUUCGUUCGUCCAGCCGUUCUGCUUGAGAUCCACAAGUUCUACCAGAUCCUGUCGCCUAUCUUCGAAGAACCUAUUCAAGAAGCAAUAAUGAGGGAGGUAAUAUGGACCGAGGAAGAGAUGUGCAAUCGAAUGAAGGAUUUUGAAAAAGGUAGCGGUUCUUCAUUUUGGGAAGUGUUGAUAUCUAGGGUCCGCAGUUCCAUCGCUGGCCAAUUCAUAAAAGAGUUUAAUAAAGGCGGGCCAGUUAAUCAGCAACUGAGGGAGUUACAACUGGAUUGUGUGAAGGCAACCAUAUUGGAUCCAGAUAAUCAAGAAGAAUAUGAAUCGUUGAAUGACAUUGUCGAUGACAUGGUUAGCUUUCUUAGGGAAAUCAUUCGGUCUGAAGGUGAUCAAGAAAUAUGCUUUCAAACUUUUCUUAGAUACCUGGGGGUGUUGAGGCUAAGGGAUUCGAAGAUUGGAUCUCUAGAUAAACAUAUGAACCAGCUGAAUAAUCUCCAAGUUCUAGUAUUGACUGGAAAUGUUAUCGAAGAAUUGCGGUUUGACUUCCUGCCGGCGUCAUUAAGAAUCUUUGAACUUAACAAUAAUCUCAUUUCCGAAAUAAAAAUUAAGCGCAAAAUAGCACCUCAGCUUAUCUAUCUAGGGCUUAGUUCAAAUUGUUUUUCAGAUGAAAGCAAAAUGGAAGGACUAACGUUCUUAAACAAAUUAUGCGUACUUGAUCUCAGUGACAAUAAUUUUUCUAGUUUCCUUAAAGUUGCUAAUAUAAUUAGUGACUGUACUUAUCUUGAAGGUAUCUUUCUCAAAGGAAAUCCUCUUUCGACUGUUGCAAGUUACAAAGAGAUAAUAAAAAUAUCAUCUCCUAAUCUUCAUCAACUCGACGGAGCAUCCUUGACUUAUGAGCCUGAAAAAGAGGCACCGAAGAAAAUAGGAAACAAAGAACUGAACCGAAAGAAUACUUCGAAAAAAGAUAGGUUUCAGGAGAAAAAGUUGAUGAUACCAGCUCACACCGGUUUCUGUUACACCGCAGAGCUGAGGAUACAUGUUUUUCGGAUGAUGGGCAUUCCUAAACCUUAUAACAAAAAUAAGAAACUGAAAGGCUAUUUCCAAUUUGAGGUUGAAUUACCACUUCUGGAUCCUAGGCAUAAGGUGCAGAAAAAAUGUAACGCAAUGUUUCAACUGCUGAGGCAAUGCAAACUGUUCCCAAAAGCCGACGAAUUCCCUCCACCUCAAGAGGUCCCAGAGGAUACUGAUCAGAAAUUACAUGAACGUAAAUCGCCCAAGUCUGAAAAACUCAAUCGUAAACAUACCGAAAAAAUGAGGAAAAAAGAACCUUGGGAAUUUGAAUACGAAGAAUUUCUAGCAAACGACAAGCAAGAGCCAGAUGCUUCCCGUAUCCUUUCUGAAAAAAUACGUUGGGGGCUCGUCAUGAAACCGAACGGCCCAAUUGCAACAAUCCCAGUAAAUUCGGGAAACUUGGGUCUACUGCGGUACACCCUCAAGAGCAUCAUAGUCAUAAGGCUUUAUUUCAAUUAUGAGGUAUCUAAAGACGAUAGCAACACGGGAAAAAGAUUGAUCGCUAAGAUUUCAGUCCCUGCUCAAGAGCCACAUUGGAAGGAAGAUUUUUGUUCCUAUGAAUGGAAUGCGAAACAACCACAAAUCGCCUUUUUCCGUCCACCCACUUCGCACACCAAGAUUCCCUUCGGAUCAAGAGGUAAAACUGCCUGGCAAACAGAAAGCGAAAAUCAGUAUGAACUGGACAGCCCCCAAUUGUCAAUUGGGAAUCGCUCUUCACAGAGUCGGUUAGAUUAUGUAUAAGAAAAAUUAACAAACAGAAUAAGGAUUAUUAAAUUGAUCAAGAAAUAAUGUUCCAAAAUGAUCAUGUAUUCAAAGACUCCUAAAUCAAAAUCAAGGCAAAAAUCAGUUAAUCUUGUAGAUAAAUAUAUUUUAUAAAACAUUAACGGUCCUAUGAUUAAUUUAACGAUAAU